AUGCCGUGGGUUUCCUUUCUAAGGUACCUGGACCGGGCGGAGAGACGGUUUGUAGAUUGGUACGUCAUUGCAGGAAAUCCUGGCGCAAUUCUCAGGGACGGGCUGCACGAGUAUUUCUUCAUGGCUAGACGUAACGCCGGAAUGGAUCUACUUACUAGGGCUGUAGCGCAGGGCAGCGUGGAGGCCAGCUACGUAUAUUCCAUGCUGCUACUGUGUAACCACCAUGGCGGCGACAAUGUGAGACGCGCCGUCGAUAUGUUUGAAGUUAUCCUUACAUCUGGGAAUGUCCACAUGUGCAGGGAGAUCUUCACGGACAUCCUUGCAGAGAGUUGGGUUGGCGUCACACCUCCAGACCCUGGGCAACCCGUGACCUGUCGAUCCUCCAUGUGCUCUACACGUGGCAUCGUGGGUGAUUCUCACGACGUCUCGGGUGUAUCGUGUGUCCGGUGCCUGGCCGAUCUCGAGGUCUACGAGUUCCUGGGUAUGUUUCGGUGA